AAUAGUACUAGUAGUAUAAAACAGUAGUGAAGCCCAGCUCACCAAUGUGACUCCCAACGGAAACGGAAACCAAUUCGGCGAAAUGCAGUAUUCACUCUAAAUCAACAACAGACCCCAGUUGAAGUUGAGGAAAUAUCCCGCUGCAGAAGUCAAAACACAACCCCACCUCAGAUUUCCGAUCAAGCCAUGACAAUGGCCGCCAACAUGGCUUAUCUAACGCUCCUUGCUCUCUCGAUUGCCGCCGCCGUCGAAUCUGCCACCACAUACACCAACCACACCGUCGGUGGCGCCGCCGGCUGGUUUUUCAACGACAGCUCCAACACCUGCUCCGCUAAUUACUCUUCUUGGGCCGCCAAUCAAACCUUCGAUCUCGGAGACUACUUAAUAUUCUACACAAACACGAACAUGACGGUGAUCCAAACCUACAACUUAACCACCUACCAAAGCUGCAGCACCGACGACGCACUCGACACCGACACCUUCCAGUACGGCGGAGGCAACAACCAGUUUGGCGUGGCGGAGACGAUGGACGUGCCGCUGACCGUCGAGGGGCCCAACUACUUCUUCUCUGACGCCAACGACGGCUUCCAGUGCCAGCAAGGGAUGGCUUUCGAGAUUGUUGUUAACCACGGCCUCGGCCUCUCCCCGAGCCUCAACCAGCCGCCGCCGCCACCUUACACGGCACCUCCGUUGCCGUCGGUUGUUGGGUCGCCGCCUAUCAUGUUGCAGCCGACUAGUGGAGGAUUUAGGGCUUGUGUUAACUUUGCCUGGGUGGUUAGUGUUGUGUUGCUGGCAGUGGGUGGUAUUGUGUUUGGAUGAUUGUAUACCUAAAUUUUUUAUUAUUCUUUUGUUAUCUGUGAUGGGGUGUUCCAAUUAAAGAAAAAGAAAGUUUUGAAAAAAAAAGGUAAUUUCAAGCCCAAAAAUUACGUAUUUACGCAAAUAAUUUUUCAACCAAUAUGAAUCUUGUUUGAUAGAUUUCAUUGAAAUCUUUUAUACGGUGCAAGAAAAAUCAAAAAAUUAUUUUUCAUUUUCAUUAUAUUUGAAUUUGAAAAUUGAAGAAAAAAAACUUUUAAAAAAAGAACCUUACUUGGAACACCACCUUCAAGGGUCUUUGGUCUGGGUCUCUUGGUGUCAAGUCGGUCUGUGUUUUUGUACGUGUCCUUGUACCUCAAUCUUUUUAAAGAAAUUUUGGUGCUGCUCUGGCUGCUGCAACUAUUAUGCCUGCUAUAUGCAGUUCAUCUUGGUUC